CAGAGGACUGUUAUGUAGGUACGUUUCUUUUUUAGAUCAGGCCGCCGGCGACGUCCUUUUUCGGUGAAAAAAAAUGCGAAAAACGGCACUACGCACGACGGCAUGAAAAUCUAGACGUAUGUUUCGUUGCCGGCCGGAAGUUUCAUCAAUAUAACACCAACUGAGAACUUUUCCGAAACUGGGAUUUUUAGUCUCCUUGGAAGCAUAUCUCAGGCGAUCACAGAAUAGAGAGAAAGAGAGGUUUUGACUGUUGAUUGCCUUCUCACAGGCGAUCACAGAAAAGAGGGAGACGGAGAGCGAGAGGGAAAGCCGUCGUUUCAGCGUCCAUCAAUCACCGGGAAGGGGCCAGACUCCUUGCACAUCAUCUGUUUUCUUACUGCACAUAGCACCAUUGCCAAGCCUCAUUCCUCUCUCAGUCUUUCUUUCCCACUGCCAUCAUCGCCAUCACAUAAACGCCACCACCGUCACCGGGGAAGACUCAGACCUCAUCCAGUCAUCCUUCUUACUGCCACCAUUGCCGCCAUCAGCACCACCACUACCACCAAUAGCAUUGCAUGGACGACCACAUGCCUCCCAUGCUCACCUGCCAACCCGUCUCCCGCUCUAGAGCUGCCCGGCGGAGGGAGAGCUCGCCGCCGCCUUCGCCUAAGAAGCAUCCGGUGUAUCGCGGAAUCCGGUCGCGUGGGAGCAAGUGGGUGUCGGAGAUCCGAGAGCCUGGGAAGAUGAAGAGAAUUUGGCUGGGGACGUUCCCGACGCCGGAGAUGGCGGCUGCGGCGUAUGACGUCGCGGCCCUCGCGCUCAAAGGAAGAGAUGCGGUGCUUAACUUCAAGGACGUAGCCGACACGUUCCCGGUGCCGCCGUCCACCUCGUGGGAGGAUAUCCAGGCGGCAGCCAUCGAGGCUGCGAACAGGUUCCGGAAGCCACCAGGCAUUGAUGGUUCGGCUAGUUCUCAGCUGAUCUCAGCGCCUGCGGCCGGGCCAUCGACGGAUAUGGAGUCGGCUGGAGCAUUGCAGCUGCUGGAGGACGGAGGCUCGUUACCGGAACCGCCGCAGGGAGAUCAGUUCGUCGACGAGGAGGUGCUGUUCAACAUGCCUAAUCUGCUCGUGGACAUGGCCGAGGGGAUGCUGCUGACUCCACCGAGAAUGGACGCGUCGUCGCUGGAAAACUCGCCAGAAAAUUCUGAAGAUGAAAGACUGUGGAGCUACAGAUAAGGUAUCUUCUCUUUUUAGUUUUUCCUUGAGAAAGGAAGCAUCAAACCGUUUUACGUGGGAAGAAGAGCAAUGAAAUUCGAUAUCAAAUUUAAAAUGUUCAUGAUUUUAAUGUACAACAAUACAUUAUUAAUGCUCA